AUGGCCAUGCGUAGAAGAAAAACCAGUAUUUUAUGGGACCAUUUUUCUGAGACUGAAAAAGAAAAAGCUAAGUGCAAUUAUUGCAAGGAAGUGAUAUGUUUUUCUUCGGGAAGUUUAGGGAAUUUAAGCAGGCAUCUAAAUAGAAAGCACGCUGGGAUUUCUAUCAGACCAUUAGAGCGCCAGCCUGUGAUAACACCGAGCGCAUCGGCAACACCGGAAACAGCCUCGGCAUCACCGAAUCCAGGAGUCAUAAAUGUUGACAACGAAAAUGGUGUUUCUCACCGUGCGCGUCAAUCUCAGACUCAACUGCAAUCCCGAUCAGUCCAGCAAAAAAUGGAUUCAUUUACUGAAAGACCUCUUUCGCAACAAAAACAAUCGAAAAUUGACCAACAACUUAUAACUAUGAUAGCCAAAGAAUACCACCCAUUGCGGUUAGUUGAGGAACCUCAGUUUGGGAAAUUUGUGUCACUUUUAUGCCCUGCAUACAGACUCCCAACAAGAAAAACUUUGUCCCAAAAUCUCUUGCCUCAGCUUUUUCUCAAGCUAGAGCAAGAAGUUAAGACCAAAAUUGAGAACGCUCCAGCAAUUUGUCUGACAACUGAUGCAUGGACAUCAAUAAACAAUCAAAGUUUUAUUGCUGUUACUGCCCAUUAUAUUGAUUCAGAAAGUGCACAACUGUGCUCCAAUUUACUUGGUUGUACUGAAUACAACCAAAGCCACAGCAGUGACAAUAUGUGCGCUUUUUUAAAGGACCAAAUUUCGAAAUGGAAGAUCGACCAAAAAGUUGGAGCAAUUGUUAGCGACAAUGCCAAAAACAUUCUUUCCGCAGUUCAAAAAGGGAAUUGGCGGUCCAUAGGUUGUUUUGCUCACUUAUUAAACUUAGUGGUACAAGCUGCACUUCAAAACAUUGAAGACACACUAAAAAAAGUUAAAAGUGUUGUUGAGUUCUUUAAGAGAAGCACACAAGCCCUAUAUAAAUUAAAAGAGAUUCAAUCUCAAAUGGAUUUGCCCACCUUAAAAUUGAAGCAAGACGUUCCAACACGAUGGAACUCUACAUACGACAUGCUGGAUCGUAUUUUAAAAAUAAAAAAUGCUGUUAUUGCUACAUUAGCAAUUGUAAGAAAUGAGCUUUCCUUAAACAAUGAAGAUUGGGAUAUCUUAGAGAGAAUUCUUCCAAUUUUAAAAAUAUUUUUGGACAUAACGGUCGAGAUAUCCUCUGAAAAAAAUGUAAGCCUUUCGAAGGUCAUUGUUUACUGCCGACUUUUAAAAUUUGAAAUAAGCCGUUUUACAGAACAGCUUUCCGAUCCCCAAAUUCCGGAAUGUGUCCGCAAAUUUGUGAAGAAAAUUCAAGAAGAAGUUCAAAGCCGUUUCAACAACUUGGAAAAGAAUUUUCUUUACGCCGAGGCUACAAUAUUUGACCCGAGGUUUAAAAACAAAGGUUUCCGAGAUAACAUGAAUUUUAAAUCAGCCUUUGACAAACUAAAACAGAAAGUUGCAUCUCAACAGCAGCGUUCUUUUCAAAUUCAAACCGCAUCUUCUACUUCUCCUGUUGAGGAAGUAGUUGCAGUUGCAUCGAUUUCAUCAUCAACAUCAGCAAAUGCAUCUAUUUGGGAUGCUUUCGACAAAGAAAUUUCAAGUUUAGUACCAGAAAACACAGUAGCUGCUGGGAUAAUUGAACUUGAAAAAUAUUUAAACGAACCACCACUCAAGAGGACGGAAAACCCUUUAAUUUGGUGGAAUGCCAGAAAAUGUGUUUACCCAAUUUUGUACCGGUAUAUGUUAAAAAGGCUUAAUUUGGUAGCAACAUCUGUUCCUUGCGAACGAACUUUUUCGAAAGCCGGAAUGAUCCUUACCGAUAAACGUAGCCGUUUGUCGGCCAGCAAGGCAUCACAAUUACUUUUUAUUAGCAGCAAUAUGUAA